AUGGCGAUUAGAGUCACCUUCACAUACUCAACCUACAUCGCCAGAAACAUCGCAUCAUCCGCCGCGGCUCGCGUCGGCACCGGAGACGUCCGAUCAUGCUUCGAAUCCCUAACCCGUCCCAGAACCUUCACCCAUUCUCAGAUACCCGAUCUCGAUAAACGCUCCCUCCCCUCCCCUCGCCCACCUUCUUCUUCCUCCAUCGCCAAGGAUCUCCUCGAAGAAGGAAGCAAGAGUCCACUUUUUCUAGGGAUGAUCUCAAUCAUGAAGCUAACAGCUCCUCCUGAUUUGCUAGGGAUGAGCAACGUCCUGGGGAUCUCCCCGUUCAAGACCUCUUCUUCUGUGAUUCCUUUCCUUAGAGGUUCAAAGUGGAUGCCUUGCAGUAGUAUUCCGGCGAUGGGUGUUGGUGAGAUUGAUGAGGGAGGGAAAGGGUGUGAUGUUGAAGUGAAGAUUAGUGAUAAAGGCUCGAGCUUUGGAAAUGGGUGGGUUAAUAAGGUUUUGAGUAUAUGUUCGGAGGAUGCUAAGGCGGCUUUCACGGCGGUUACUGUUUCUCUUCUUUUUAGGUCGGCGUUGGCUGAGCCCAAGUCUAUACCUUCGAUGUCUAUGUAUCCUACUCUUGAUGUGGGUGAUCGUGUUAUGGCCGAGAAGGUCUCGUACUUGUUCAGAAGGCCUGAGGUUUCAGAUAUAGUCAUCUUCAAGGCUCCUCCGAUUUUGGUGGAACAUGGUUACAGUUGUAGUGAUGUUUUCAUAAAGAGGAUAGUUGCAAGUGAAGGUGACUGGGUUGAAGUUUGUGAUGGAAAGCUCUUUGUGAACGACAUUGUUCAAGUAGAGGAUUUUGUCUUAGAGCCAAUGGACUAUGAAAUGGAACCAAUGUUGGUCCCUGAAGGUUAUGUCUUUGUCCUGGGAGACAACCGGAACAAAAGCUUUGACUCUCAUAACUGGGGUCCGCUUCCAAUAAAGAACAUCAUUGGAAGAUCGAUGUUUCGGUAUUGGCCACCGAGCAAAGUUUCAGACACAAUACACCACCAUGAGCAAGUUAUGCAAAAGGGAGCUCUUGAUGUUUCAUAACCGGUACAAAUGUGUGGAUGGUGUUCUUAGGAUUAGGUUGGAAGUUGGUGGUGCCAUCCAUUUUGGCACUGAAGCCAACUGAGCAAUUUUUUUCGUUCUGUGAAUUCUCCUAUGGAAGACAUGGAAUGCAAUGAGAUAUCCCAAAGCAAAAGAAAAGAUUGAAACAUUUGUUUGUUGCUAUGAUUUUUUCUAUUGUGUUGAAUGCAACCUAAUCAUUGUAAUGACACUCGUCAAGAAAGCGUAAAGUGAGUAUUAAGGUAGAAAAGCUUAGUUUCAUGUCAGUGUCUCUAGCACAUUACAUAAAGAGUGACAGAUCAACUAAAAGAGUAGUUGCAACCUGGGUCGCUGAGUAAACUGGAAACAAUGUGACCAAUAACAAAAGAAGAGCUCAGGUGUUAGGCUAUAUAUAAUCUGAAUAUCAGAUGGAUGCGAAGGAACCAACCUUCGCUGCCAAG